CUUAUCUCGGGGACCUGUUUGUACCUGCAUCACGGACGCUGGCGGUGGCUUGUAUAUCGCCAACACAAGUGUGCCCGACAGUCUUACGCAAAGCAGCUCAUUGCACUUACCUUCCCAGCUCUUACGUACAUUGGACAAACGCCUAAUUCCCCAUGUUGAGGGUCAUCAAAAUCAAGCUGUGCCAUAAAUAACCUAAGCCAAGGCAGCUUGGGCAAUUGAAUCUUGGCGCUCGCGAAGAAGUCUCCGCAUAAGCCGCAAACCUCUGACUCGAAUCAUCCCGAACACUGCUUCUACCCUCUCACUUCGGGGGCACGCAGGAGGUAUCGACAACAUGCAUCGAAUUCAUCUCAUAAUUGCGCAGGGCCACAGUACGGUAUCCAAAGCUUCGAUGGGCAUCCUCGUGCAUGGAAGCGGUGUACAUUCGGUUCAUUGACUGCCAAUUAUUGCUUACUCGGUUCUCUGCUGGAAGGCCAAGAGCUGCUGUACUUCACCCUCCACUCGGUAUCGCCCUUCUCGCGAGCGCUAGCCAAGGCUUGGCGCAAUUUGAGGAUAUAAAGGUUCGUGGUGGGGUGCCCUCGACCAUACCAAUAUUCCGCGCUCGCAGGCCCACACAAACUUCACCAGCCGAAGUUGACGGAGAUUUGAAGCUUCUUGAACAUCUGUAUAAGCUAGUCUGUUUGAACCCGAAUCUCAUGCCUGCUUUACUCCUACCUGUGCACACUGGUAGCCUGACGGAAGGAGCUGCAGGAAAUGCUCGGUUCAGCAGCCAAAGCACAAGUUCAUACUCAUCAUGCUCCCCUUCCACCUCGAAGGCCUUGCGCCAGGAGCAACAAGAAGUCACAGCAUUAGACCACGAGUUAGCCAGCCUUCAAUCCGAGCUCGCCCGCGUACAGGCGCUCAUCCAGAGCCGAACCGCGAACCGCACCAAACUUCUCAGCAGCAUCUCCGAAAAGAAAGCCCUGCUCCGCUCGCGCUCGCCAUCAGAGCUCCACUCCCAAAGCCUGCCCGUCGACCUUCCCAUCGAACUCAUGCACGAGAUCUUCCGCUUCUGCUCCCUCCCCAGCCCCUCCAGCACGCUCUCGCAGCCGCUGACGACCCCGCUGCUCCUCGGCCAGGUCUGCCGCCGCUGGCGCGCGAUUGCGCACUCAAUGUCGGAACUCUGGACCGCGCUGACUGUGUACGACUACGGACACUGGACGCCCGACACGUCCGUCGAGAUGAUGCGCGCGUGGCUUCGGCGCUCGGGGACGAGGCCGAUUAGGGUCCACGUCAAGUCGACGGUGUCGGUGCGAAGCGAGGAGCGGGCCGCCAACUUCGCGGUGCUGCAGCUCCUGCGCGCGCACAUGCACCGCGUGAGGGAGCUCUCCCUCAACGCGAGCUGGAGCUACACCCAGGCUCUCCUGUGCGGCGCUGGCUCCAGCGGCAGCACAGCGCACGCCCUCCCCGCACUGCGCAACCUCUUCGUCGACCUCGACGCGUGCGUCGACGCGCCCGAGGCCGUCCAACAUGCAGUGGAGAUAUCCACGUCGGGCGUAUACGCGCUCCCGAGCCUGACAGGCGUCAUGCUCAUCGGCGUGCCCGACACGCUCGUGUCCGCGCAGCCCGCGUUCGCACACAUCACCGAGCUCAGCCUCGUCCUGCGCGACGUCAACGUCCUCCGCGUUCUCGCGCACUGCACCGCGCUGCGGCGCCUCGAGCUGUACGCGCGCCUCGACCUGCGUCGGCAGCGCAGCACCGUCGACCAGACCGACGUGCUCACGCACGAGAACCUGGGGUGCGUGACGGUGCACUGGGCGGAGGACUCGCCGCACUGGGCGGCAUCGGACCAGCUCGCGGGCUUGCUGAGGCAGCUGACGCUCCCGGCGCUGCAGGCGUUCCAGGUGUGCUUCCCCAGGCUGGGUGAUGAGGGCGAUUUGCGCCAUGGCAAGGGCGGUGUCCGGACGUACGAGACGGACUGGCGAGCGAUGUCGCUGCUCUCCGGGCUGCUCGGGCGCUCGAGCCGACAGCUGAACGAGAUCUUCAUCAAGGGGUUCACGCCAACUGGAAAGUUGGUUGCCGAUGCGACCAGCACGUGCAAGGUUUCUGUGGACCAGGAGACCGACGACGUCAUACCGAGCGUGUUGUUUGAGCUCGCGGAGCGGGAGAGCACGUAGAGAUUGUUGUCUUUAGGGUUUUGCUAUGUUCUUAUGGUUGCUAUUAUACCCUGUAUCGCAAUUUUAUGUCCAUUAAUAAUGCGAAUAAUAUUAAGA